UCGAUCACUCAAUCUACCAUAGUCAAAAGGAACAAUUUUCUUUGUUUCUUCCCACAAGACAUGUCCAUGAAAAGAUCAAAUCAUCCCUAUCUAUUCAACACACCCAAAACCGUCCAAAAUCCAAACUACCCAUUUGUCCUUCAACACUUACUUGUCGAUCAAAACUAAGAUUCCAUAGCCAUUUCAAACAAAAAUACCAAAAUCUGCUCAUUUCUUUCUUUGUUAUGUUCAUCUCUCAACUUAGAAAAAAUGAAAUUGUUCGUUUCUUUCUUAGGCUAAUCCGCCAUUUGCAACUAUAAGAUCGCGAUGGCUGUUUCUCCGUUUCAGAAGCUUCACAAAUGGCUUCUUUCUCUUGCCCUGUUCCUUAUGUUGUGAGGUGUUCCAUUGCCAAAGAAGGGGGUGAUUUUAACAAGCAGAGGUAUGCUAAAGUGAAUGGGGGUAUUAUUAGGUCAAUUUCUGAAGCUGAUUUGUUGAGCCGAUCGGCAAAAGCUUCGAGGGCUCUCAUACCCUCUGUUGCGGAAAAUGGGUUUGUUGUUAAAGAAGAUGUUCGUCAGAAAAUUCCCACGAAGAAGCAGUUGGUUGAUCCUUAUCGACAAGGGUUGAUCAUUGAAGGGGGUGUUGGGUAUAGACAGACUGUUGUGAUCAGAUCGUAUGAAGUUGGUCCUGAUAAGACUGCAACUAUGGAGAGCCUCAUGAAUCUUCUGCAGGAAACAGCACUUAAUCAUGUUUGGAUGUCUGGACUUCUCAGCAAUGGUUUUGGGGCCACUCAUGGCAUGAUGAAGCACAAUCUUAUCUGGGUAGUUUCACGAAUGCUCGUCGAAGUAGACCACUAUCCGAUAUGGGGCGAGAUUGUUGAAAUCGACACAUGGGUUGGGGCGUCUGGCAAGAAUGGAAUGAGGAGGGACUGGCUAAUUAGAAGUCAAGCCACGGGUCAUGUUUACGCCCGAGGUACAAGCACAUGGGUGAUGAUGAAUCAGCAAACAAGACGACUCUCAAAAAUGCCAGAAGAGGUAAGGGCGGAGAUUUCACCAUGGUUUAUAGAAAAACAUGCAAUCAAAGAAGAUGCCUACGAGAAAAUCUCCAAGUUAGAUGACAAAGCUAAGUACAUGAACUCUGACUUGAAGCCAAAGAGAAGUGAUCUGGACAUGAACCACCAUGUCAACAAUGUAAAGUAUCUAAGAUGGAUGCUAGAGACGAUACCUGACCAUGUUUUGGAGUCUCAGCAACUUUCUAGUAUCAUAUUAGAGUAUAGAAGGGAAUGCGGAAGCUCUGAUAUAGUUAAAUCACUAUGUGAGCCAGAGGAAAAGGGAAUCCUUAGGGACGUUGACAUGAUAGAAGAUAGUGAAAUCAGUCUACUAAAUGGGUUUUCCUUGGCAUCUGAGAUUCUCAAAGGUGGUGGGCUCUUGGGAUCCUUUGACAAUGGAACACUGAGGUAUACACAUCUUCUACAAAUUGAAGGGGAAGCUAAGAAUGAAGAGAUAAUGAGGGGAAGAACCACAUGGAAGAAGAAGGUUACUACUACUAUACCAUUUUCCACACAGUAAAUUUCAUCUAUAGCU